AUGCACCUCCUUAUCACGGGCGGCGCGGGCUUCAUCGGCGCCAACUUUGUCCACUUGAUGCUCGCCAAGUACCCCAGCUACCGCAUUGUCGUGCUCGACAAGCUCACAUACGCCGGGAACCUGGCCAACCUCGCGGCCGCCAGCUCCGAUCCGCGCUUCGCUUUCGUGCCGGGCGACAUUGGCGACGCCGCGAUCGUCGAAGCCACGAUGGCGACCCAUGCCAUCGAUGUCAUCGUCAACUUCGCCGCCGAGACACACGUCGACCGGUCGAUCCUCAAUGCGGAUGCGUUCGUGCAGACAAAUGUCCUCGGCACCUAUGUGCUCCUCGAGGCCGCGAAGCGCCAUCACAUUGCGCGCUUCCACCACAUUAGCACGGACGAGGUCUACGGCCAUGUGCCCGACGGCCACUCGUCGCUCGAGACGGACAAGCUCGACCCGCGCAGCCCGUACGCGGCGAGCAAGGCCAGCGCCGACUUGCUGGUGCUGUCGUACUUUACGACGUUUGGCCUGCCCGUCACGAUCACGCGCGGCUCCAACAACAUUGGUCCGUACCAGCACCUCGAGAAGGUCCUGCCUCUCUUUACCACGAACGCGCUCGAGGACCUGCCGCUGCCCGUGUACGGCGACGGGCUCCAGCGACGCGAGUACCAGCACGUGCAGGAUCACUGCGAAGCCAUCGACCUCGUCCUCCACAACGGCGCGCCUGGCGAGAUCUACAAUGCGGGCGCAGGCGAGACGCUCGACAACCUCUCGAUGCUGCGCUUGAUUUUGCAGACGCUACGCAAGCCCGAGAGUCUCAUUCGCCACGUGACCGACCGACCGGGCCACGACCGGCGGUACAGUUUGAACAUUGACAAGAUGGCGGCGCUCGGGUGGCGGCCGCGGCACUCGCCGCAAGAGGCGAUUGUCGCCAGCGUCGAAUGGUACGUGGCCAACGAAAGGUGGUGGCGGCCCGUCAAAGACGGCGAGUUCCAAGCAUAUUACCAACUGCAAUACGGGGACCGUCUGGGCACUAGCUCUUCCUAA